AUGAAUUGUUCCUCAGUGGGGGAAGGGGGGAGCAUCCAUCAGAAAAACAAAACAAAACUCACUUUCCUCUAUAUCCAGAGUUCAGAUAGCAUCUCCUCAGAGUCAGGUGUGAGGGCCUCUUUGAAGAGGAGGAAGGGAAAGUCAGCAGAGCCAGGAGAGGGAAGGCAAAUUAGAGGGAGAAACCUGGAGUGGGUCUCAGGACCCUACCAGCUUCUGACCCGAAUUCCACCCAAAAGGAAGGGAAAGGGAGGUAUUCUUGGCUGUUAUUUACCCAUCUUCCCUAAAGUACAAGAUAAAGAAAUGAAGCAGGAACAGAGAGUCAAGCAAAAUAAUUAA